CGUGACCUUGUAGACAGACGGCCGCGCAACUCGCCUGGUGGGAAACGUCACCGUAAUGAUCGUUAAUAGAACAACAAUAACAACCGUUUAGGUGGCGCCUUCUUCCACGAUUUCGGCACAGCGUCUGAUUGCUACGUUACUGCUUUUUCUUCUCUCUCACUUCCUCCUCCAAGUGAGACCGAGAUGUUAUUACGCGCUUCAGAGAUUAUAGGAACUGCAGAUGCUGGAGAAUCUGAGAUAACAAGGUGUCGAGCUUGAUGAACACAUCAGGCCAAGCAGCAUCAGAGGAGCAGGAAAGCUGACGUUCCGGGUCUACACCCUUCUUCAGAAAUGGGGGAGGGGAAGGGGGUUUUGAAAUAAAUAGAGCGAAAGGGGGGAGGCGGAUAGAAGAUGGAUAAAGGACAUUACCAGCGCCCCACAGGAGUCCUCCCAGCAAUGAGCAAGGUAUUAUCUGAUCAACCUGUGCAAGAGAUGUUAUGACACAUUUCAGAAGCUGAUGGGACCUGAACCCAGACCUCCCAACCCAGAGAUAUGGACAAUAUCAAAAAACCCCCAAAGGACUGCGGAUGCCGGAAAUGGGAAACCUAAACAGAAAUAGCCAGGAAAACUCAGCAGGUUUUGGCAGCAUCUCUGGACAGAAUGUUGGGGUCCAGUGAAAGGUUCUGCAGAAUGAUCCUUGGACCCGAAACGUUAAUUCUACUUCACCUCCAAAGAUGCCGCCAUACCUGCUGAGUUAUCCCAGCAGUUUCUGUUUUCACAGGGACCCACAAGAUGCUACAUGCCAUUGCCCAAUGAAGUACUUUUAAAGUGCUGCAUGUGUAAGUGAACAAUCAAUUCACAUGCAGCAAACUCAGUUCUGCACACUGCAUUGAUUUUUGUUGUAGUGUUGGAAUUUGAACAAUUUAGAGGUAAUGACUCACCUUUCUUCAAGAUAGCGCUAAAGUAUCUUGGUGUCACCCCCUGCCUGGACAGGGUGGAUGAAAUUUUCAAACGAUGGGAUGUAGCUCCGACAUUGCAACAUUCCUUCAAUUGUUCACAGAAUAUCAGCCUAUGUGUAUGGGAUCCAACCACUUGCGGUUAGAACCAUCCAACUCGGUUUGAGGAUGUACUGUCAUCAGCCUCUGCUGACACUUGCAUUAUGGCCAUGUCCAUAGAAUCAUCCAACUCGGUUUGAGGAUGUACUGUCGUCAGCCUCUGCUGACACUUGCAUUAUGGCCAUGUCCAAAGUAAAAUACAGCAGAAGUUGGAAAGCUGGAAAAAAAAGUUUACAGCCAGCAUCUGUUAAAAGAAUUCUGUUUUGUAUCUAAGCCCUUUCAUAGGAGCUGGAAUUCAUGUGUCCUCCAAGUAAACCAAGGUUGAGUAUGUCUAAAUGUCUGAAUCGCACCUUCUCAGUUAAAAUGUUCUCUAUGCUCAAAAGAACAGUGCAAGAAGAAAACCCAGGGAGUUACAGGCCAGUUAGCCUGAUUUGUGGUGUGGACAUUGUUGGAGUCUAUUAUCAAGGAUGGGGGUAGCUGAACACUUUAACAAUUUUCAAUGAAUCAGAGAUAGCCAGCAUGGAUUCGUAACAGGUACAUCAUGCCUGACAAAUCUCAUUAAAUUUUUUUGAAGAGGUGACUAAGUUAAUGGACAGGGGAUUGUCUAUAUGUGUUUUCAUGCAUUUCUAGAAGGUCCUUGAUAAAAUCCUACUUAAGAGAUGACAUAGAAUGUCAUACAUCUAAAUGGAGAUCAAACUGACAUCCAGGAUCUUCCACAUGCUGCAACUAUGACACAUCAUCUGUCCUGUCAUCCUUAAUAUGUUCCAAUUAGCUACUUAAUUAUUUUAUUCUGUUAUAUAGGUACUCAUAGGCCAGGUGUUCUCAGGUAAAGGGAUGGCUGGAAAAUGGGAAGCCUUCAAAAAUGUGGUAAUGACAGUCCAGAGACAGUAUGUACCUGUUAGGGUGAAUGAAAAGGCUGGUAUGUAUAGGGAAUGCUGGAUGACUUGGAAAAAAGUCAAGAAAAAGAAGGAAGCAUAUAUCAGGUAUAGACAGCAGAAAUUGGGUGAAUCCCUAGAACAGUAUUAAGGCAAUAGGAGUGUACUUAAGAGGGAAGUCAGGAGGGCACAAAGGGGUCAUGAAAUAUCUUUGGCAAAUCAGGGUAAGGAGAAUCCAAAGGGAUUCUACAAAUACAUUAAAGGGUAACCAGGGAGACAAUAGGGCCCCUUAACGAUCAGCAAGGCUGCCCAUAUGUGCAUAAGGGUGGAUAAAUCCCUGGGAUGUAAUCAGGCGUACCCUAGAAAACUGUAGGAAGCUAGGGAAGUGAUUGCUGGACCCUUUGCAGAGAUGGGGGAUAUACUAAACAAGUAUCUCGCAUCAGUGUUUACUAUGGAGAAGGAUAUAAAAGACAAAAAAUGUGGGGAAAUAAGUGGUGACCCUUUGAAAAAUGUCCAAAUUACAGAGGAGGAGAUACUGGAGGCCUCAAAAUGCAUAAAGGUGGAUAAAUCCCUGGGACCUGAUCAGGCAUACCCCAGAACACUGUAGGAAGCUAGGGAAGUGAUUGCUGGGCCCCUUGCUGAGAAAUUUGUAUCAUCGAUAGCCACAGGUGAGGUGCCGGAAGACUAGAGUUUAGCUAACACAGUGCCAGUACUUAAGGAAGAUGGUAAGGAAAAGCCAGGCAACUUUAGACUGGUGAACUUGACAUCAGUGGUGGGCAAGCUGUUGGAGGGAAUCCUAAGGGAAAGGAUUUACAUGUAUUUGGAAAGGCAGGGACUGAUUAGGAAUAGUCAAUAUGGUUUUGUGUGUGAGAAAUCGUGUCUCACCAACUUGAUUGAGUUUCUGGAAGAAAUAACAAACAGAUUUGAUGAGGGCAGAGCAGUGGACAUGAUCUAUAUGGACUUCAGUAAGGUGUUCAACAAGGUUCCUUUUGGAGAAUGGUUAGCGAGGUUAGAUGACACGGAAUAGAGGGAGAACUAGCUAUUUGGAUACAGAACUGGCUUAAAUGUAGAAGAAAGAGGGUGGUGGUAGAGGGUUGCUUUUCAGGCUGGAGGUUUGUGACUAGCAGUGUGCCACAAGGAUCAGUGCUGGAUCAUUGCUGUUUGUCAUUUAUAUAAAUGAUUUGGAUUUGAACAUAGGAGGUGUGGUUAGUAAGUGUGCAGAUGACAUCAAAAUUGGAGGUGUAGUGGACAGUGAAGGAGGUUAUCUCAGAGUAAAAACAGGAUCUUGAUCAGAUGGGCAAAGGAGUGGCAGAUGGAAUUUAACUUAAAUAGAUGUGAGAUGCUGCAUUUUGGAAAGGCAAAUCAGAGCAGAACUUAUACAGGUUGUUGACUCGCUCGCCAAGCUGGCUGGUUGUAAUUCAGAUGUUUUGUCACCAUGCUAGGUAACAUCAUCAAUGCGGCCUCUGAUGAAGCGAUGUAGUUCUACUCUGCUUAGUAUUUAAUAAAUAUGGAAUACUAAGUAAAGUAGAACUAUCUGGUGACAAAACUUCCAGAUACAGACAUCCCACUUUGGGUGGCAUUCGCCCUUCCACUCCUUGACCGAUGUCCAUCCUGGGCCUCCUGCAGUGCCACAACGAUACCACCCGAAGGUUGCAGGAACAGCAUCUCAUGUUUCAUUUGGGAACCCUGCAGCCCAAUGGUAUCAACGUGGGCUUCACAAGCUUCAAAAUAUCCCCUCCCUUGACUGCAUCCCAAAACCAGCCCAGCUGGUCCCUACCUCCCUAACCUGUCCUCCCAUGUAUCCCCUCCUCCCAACUCAAGCCCCACCCCAUCUCCUACUUAAUAGCCUCAUCCCACCCCCUUGACCUGCCAGUCCUCCCUGGACCGACCUAUCCUCUCCCUAACUCUCCACCUACACACACCUUUACUGGCUCCAUCCCCGCCUCCUUGACCUGACAGUCUCCUCUCCACCUAUCUUCUCCUUUAUCCAUCUUAUAUCGGUCUCCCCCUCUCUCCCUAUUUAUUUAAGAAUCCCCUUCCCUCCCCCAUUUCUGAAGAAGGGUCUGGACCUGAAACGUCAGCUUUCCUGCUCCUCUGAUGCUGCUUGGCCUGCUGUGUUCGUCCAGCUCUACACCCUUGUUGUCUUAGAUUCUCCAGUAUCGGCAGGCCCUACUAUCUCUGUAACAAUUUCCUACGUUUGCAAGCAGUGUCGCAUUUGAAACAAGCUGGCUCAGAUGUAAAAAUAACAAGGUGUAGAGCUGGGUGAACACAGCAGGCCAAGCAGCAUCAGAGGAGCAGGAAGGCUGACGUUUCGGGCUUAGACCCUUCAGAAAAUUUCUUGGCGUGCUGUGUUCAUCUAGGUCUACACCUUGUUAUCUCAGAUUCUCCAGCAUCUGCAGUUCGUGCUAUCUCUGGCACAGAUGUAAUUCUGGAAGUAGUCACUGGGAGCCGGUGAGAGGGAGUUACUUCGCAGAAUUGAAAAGUCCUGACUGCAAGUUUGGACGGAUCAAACGAAUUGAUCGGAUCCACCGUUUUCAUUUCUUCGGGAUACGCGGUAAGGAGAGUGUCUCCGCCGGCUGGUCUCAAAGGUCUGUUCCCACCAACGGACAAUGUCCACUCAAGGAAAUGAAAUUGCAGAUGAUCAAAAUGAAAAUUCAAGAAAUGAAUCACAGAAGUGGACAAGAUCCCAAAUUUUCACACUAGUCUCUGCAGCAUCACUGAACUUUAGUUCGAUGAUUUGUUAUUCAAUUUUGGCACCUUUCUUUCCAAAAGAGGCAGGAAGGAAAGGAGCCAAUGACACUGUUGUCGGAAUGAUUUUUGGAUGUUUUGCUUUAUUUAAUCUUAUAUUUUCACUGCUACUAGGGAAAUAUAUUGUACAAGUUGGAGCAAAAUUUAUGUUUGUCUCUGGAAUGUUCAUUUCUGGCUGUUGUACUAUCCUUUUUGGCCUAUUGGAUAAAGCUCCAGAUGGACUUAUAUUUAUCGUUCUGUGUUUCAUCAUAAGGUCAUUGGAUGCAAUAGGGUUUUCUGGGUGUGUUACUGCAUCAUUUUCAAUUCUUGCUGCAACAUUCCCAAACAACGUGGCCACGAUAAUGGGACUUCUAGAAAUAUUCACUGGGCUUGGCCUAGUAUUAGGUCCACCUGUUGGAGGUUUUCUGUACCAGAUGUUUGGAUAUGAAGUUCCUUUCAUUGCACUAGGAUGUAUCGUUCUUUCAAUGGUACCUUUGAACAUGUGUAUUCUACCAAAUUAUGGUGGAAUUGCCAGCAGAGUGUCAUUUUGGAAACUACUUGCAAUCCCCAAGGUAACACUUGUGUGCCUGAUUGUAUUUUCUAUAAGUUCUUGUAUUGGCUUUCUGGAUCCCACUAUAUCGCUGUUUGUAACUGAGAAGUUCAACUUGCACUCUGGAUAUAUAGGACUAGUAUUUCUAGGAUUCGCUGUGUCAUAUGCUCUAUCCUCUCCAUUACUUGGAUAUUUAAGUGAUAAUCUACCAAGAAUGAGGAAGUGGCUAAUGCUUGUUGGAAGUUGGCUUAUUGCUGUUAGCUUUUUACUUUUGGGACCAGCACCUAUUUUUCACAUCAAGUGCCGGCUCUGGAUGUUGGUUUUGAUGCUGGUACUCAGUGGGUUUUCACUCAGUUUGAGUGGAAUUCCAGUUUUCCCAGAAAUCAUCACCUGUGUUUAUGAGAAUGGAUUUGAAGAGGGACUUGGUACGUUAGGUCUAGUGUCUGGAGUGUUUGCAGCAUGGUGGUGUCUUGGGUCAUUUGUAGGACCAAUGCUGGGUGGAUACCUAUAUGAAAAAUUGGGUUUUGAGUGGGCUGCAGCCAUACAAGGAAGCUUGCCACUGUUUUUUGGUUCCCUGCUGGGUUUGUACUUUAUAGUGGUAACAUUUCACAAAAGGAGGUCGGUCUCUGGGAUACACACCAAUGAAGAACGAGCACCACUGAUACCAAAUUGAAUUUGGACAUUUAAUGGGUUUGAAUGGACUACAAUUCUCUUUCACACAACCUUUAGACAUCCUUGUGUUUCAAAUAGUCUUUACUAACUCAGUCUUUACAUAACUCAGUUUGUGGGUUUAAAUAUUUUAAUUUUUUAUAUUAAUUCUGCAAUUUGCCUGUAAUAGAUUAAAAUGAAUUUUAUAUUAUUAUCAUCAAAUAUAGUAUAUCAGGGUGGCACAGUUGAUCACUGGUUAGCACUGCAGCCUCACAGUGCAGAGACGGGUUCGAUUCCUCCCUGAUGCAGCUGUCUGUCUGUCUGGAGUUUGCACAUUCUCCUUGUAUCUGCAUGGGUUUCCUCCCACAGUCCAAGAUGCACAGGUUAGGUGGAUUGGCCAGGCCAAAUUGCCCAUGUUUAGGCUAGUUGGGUUAGCUGUGAGAAAUGCAACAGCAUUGGGGUGGGUUUAGGUGUGAUACUUUUAGAGGGAUGGUGUGGACUUGAUAGGCUGAAUUCCACACUUGAGCGAUUCUGAUUCUGAUGUCAAGCAGUGUUCUGUUGUAGAAAUCAUGAUUUUUAAUUGUUCAGGAUAAUAAAUACAAUUUCCUUCUGUCGAUUUCAUGUAAUUUGAUGAUCCUGAUCACAAUUUUCUUGUCACUAAUAAAGUAAUAA